UGAGCAGCCACAGAGCAGACGGAGGAAAGAUGGCGGCGGCCCAGUCCGACAGAGACCCACCAUCAGCUUUAUGUUCGGAGUUCCUGAAUUUCUCCGCCAAAGACACGGCGUCGCAAUGGCUGGCCGCAUCCGACCUGCAGCAGGAGGUGUACCGUCACUUGGCGGUGUAUGUACCCAGAAUCCUUUGCCUGGGUCCAAGUGGGGGCAGCAGCAGGGAGGAGCAGAGGGAGGAGCUGGCUUAUCAGCUGCUCCUCCUGGCUCCCCUGGAGUGGCUCCUGCUGGGGGAGGAGCCGGCCACUGGCCUUGCCCUCCUGCAGGAGAACAACCAGCCGUCACCGCUGUGUGGUCAUGUGUUCAAGGUGGGAGAGCCCACCUACUCCUGCAGGGAGUGUGCAGCCGACCCGACCUGUGUCCUGUGUAUGAAGUGUUUCCUGGGAAGUGUUCACAAAGAGCAUCGAUACAGGAUGACGACGUCAGGAGGUGGAGGUUUCUGUGACUGUGGAGAUGCUGAGGCCUGGAAGAAAGGUCCUUACUGCCAGAAACACACACCUACGUCCAACAACAGAGACACUGAGGAGGAUCCUGUAACCCUGCUGCCUGCUGACAUGGUUAGUCGUGCUUUCAGCAUCUUCUCCACCAUCCUGAAAUAUGCUGUGGACAUGUUGACCUGGGAACAGGAGGACCAGCUGCCUGCAGGACUGGAGCCACCGGACAGAGGAGACACCUACUACUGCAUGUUGUUCAAUGAUGAAGUCCACACGUAUGAACAGGUGAUCUACACGCUGCAGAAAGCUGUCAACUGCAGCCAGAAAGAAGCCGUCAGCUUCGCCACAACCGUGGACAGAGACGGCAGGAAGUCGGUUCGAUACGGAGACUUUCAGUUCUGUGACCAGGCCAAGUCUGUGAUCGUGAGGAACACCAGUCGUCAGUCGAAGCCUCUCAGGGUUCAGGUGAUGCACUCGUCAGUUGUUGCUCAUCAGUGUUUUGCUCUGAAGGCUCUCAGCUGGUUGGGACAGAUCAUUCAAUGCUCUGAUGGUCUGAGGAGGAUCCUGUGUCAGGUGGGCCUGCAGAAAGGUCCAGAAGGAGAAUACUCCUCGCUGGUUGACAAGCUGAUGCUCAACGACUCUAAGAUGUGGAAAGGAGCAAGGAACAUCUACCACCAGCUGCUGAUGAACAGCCUCCUCAUGGACCUCAAAUACAAGAAGAUCUUUGCUGUCCAGUUCGCCAAGAACUACAGACGGCUCCAGACAGAUUUUAUGGAGGACGACCACGAGCGAGUGGUGUCAGUGACCUCCCUGUCUGUUCAGCUCUUCACCGUCCCGACCAUGGCUCGGAUGCUGAUGGUGGAGGAGAACCUGAUGACCACCAUCAUCAGGACGUUUGUGGAUCACCUCCGUCACAGAGACCUGCAGGGACGCUUCCAGUUCGACCGUUACACCGCCCAGCAGGCCUUCAAGUUCGGACGGGUCCAGAGCCUCAUCGGAGACCUCAAGUACGUCCUCAUCAGUCGUCCCUCUGAGUGGAGCCAACAGCUCCGAAUCAAGUUUCUAGAAGGUCUGGACGCUUUUCUGGAGCUGCUCAAGUGUAUGCAGGGUAUGGACCCAGUGGUGAGACAGGUGGGACAGCAUAUAGAGAUGGAGCCUGAGUGGGAGGCAGCGUUCACUCUGCAGAUGAAACUGACUCACAUCAUCUCCAUGAUCCAGGAGUGGUGCUCCACAGACGAGCACGUGCUUAUCGAGGCCUAUAAGAAGUGUCUGAGCGCGCUCAGUCACUGUCAAAGCGGCCUCCCAGACGGUGAGCAGCCAAUCAGCUUGAACCUGGCGGGUCACAGCGUGGAGACGUUCAGGUACCAGGUGUCUCAGGACAAAGUGUCCAUUCACCUGCCGCUCUGCAGACUGCUGGCAGGUCUCCAUGUUCUCCUCAGCAGGACUGAAGUGGCGUCUCGUUUCCCCGAGCAGCUUCCUCUGGGUGAGCUCAGCCCCCCCCUCCUCAUCGAGCUCCCCCUCCGCUGCCUGGUGCUCUGUGCCCAGGUGCAUGCUGGGAUGUGGAGGAGGAACGGUUUCUCUCUAAUCAACCAGAUUUAUUAUUAUCACAACGUGAAGUGCAGAGUGGAGAUGUUUGAUAAGGACAUCAUCAUGCUGCAGGCGGGGGCGUCCAUGAUGGAUCCAAACCACUUCCUGAUGAUUGUCCUUAGUCGGUUUGAACUGUUUCACAUCUUCAGCUCCGCAGACUGUCGCAAGAGGUUCAGAGAGGCCAACAAGGAUGUGGUCCAGCAGAACAACACUCUGAUCGAGGAGAUGCUUCAUCUCAUCAUCAUGGUCAUCGGUGAGCGGUAUGUGUCAGGUGUGGGACAGGUGGAGCCGUUUGAUGAGGUCAGAAGAGAAAUCAUCCACCAGCUGUCCAUCAGACCCAUGGCUCACAGUGAGCUGGUUAAAGCUCUGCCAGAGAACGGUAAUAAGGAGACAGGUCUGGAGAGAGUCAUUGACACUGUGGCUUCAUUCAAGAAGCCAGGUGUAACAGGUAGAGGUCUGUAUGAGCUGCGUCCUGAGUGGAACAAACACUUUAACCUCUACUUUCAUCACUACAGCAGAGCCGACCAGUCCAAGGCUGAGGAGGCUCAGAGGAAGCUGAGGAGACAGAACGGAGAGGACACAGCCCUCCCCCCCCCUCCCCCCCCCCCUCUCUGUCCUCUGUUCGGCAGCCUGGUAAACCUGCUGCAGUGUGACGUCCUGUUGGCUGUAGAGGGCGCUGUGCUGCAGUGGGCCGUGGAGCCCAGCGGGGGGGGCUGGACCGAGUCCAUGCUGCAGAGGGUGCUUCACCUGGUGGGUGUGGCUCUGUUGGAGGAGCAGCAGCAGCUGGAGAGCAGCAGCAGAGAUGAUGACAUCACCUUUAACUACACCUGCAAGAUCACACGUCCAGGUGAAGCUCCCAGUACUUCAGGAAGUGUCCUGGCUCUGUUGGAGAGUCUGCAGAACGCUCCUCACCUGGAGGUCCACAAAGACAUGAUCACCUGGAUCCUCAAGAUGGUGGCGAACAUCAAGACAAUGAGAGAACGAACAUCCUCUACCUCCACCAUCACCAUCAGCCCAGGACAGGAACUGGAGGAGACGGUGCGAGACAAAGAUAAGGCGGAGAGGAAGAGGAAGGCGGAGAUGGCUCGUCUGAGGAGAGAGAAGAUCAUGGCUCAGAUGUCGGAGAUGCAGAAACACUUCAUCAACGAGAACAAAGAACUGUUUCAGCAGAGUCUGGAGGAGCUGGAGGCGUCCACGUCUGCUGCUGCGGACAACAGUCCUCCCAGUUCAGACUCCACCUGUAUCUCACAGGUGUGUGUUGGUCCCAGGAGGGUGGGCAGAGCUGAGCGCCGGCAGCUGGUGACCUGCAUCCUGUGUCAGGAGGAACAGGAGGUCAGAGGUCAUGGCAGAGCCAUGGUGCUGGCAGCAUUCGUCCAGAGGUCCACAGUUCUGUCCAAAAACCGCCGCCGCAACCUCCCUGACCCAGAGCAUCACAACCCACUGUUCAUGCACCCUGACCUGUCUCUGGGGAUCCACACCGCCAGCUGUGGACACAUCAUGCAUGCCACCUGUUGGCAGAGGUACUUUGAGGCAGUGCAGCUGAAAGAGCAGAGACGACAGCAGCGUCUGCGAGGUCACACCAGCUACGACGUGGAGAACGGCGAGUUCCUGUGUCCACUGUGCGAGUGUCUGAGCAACACUGUGAUCCCCCUGCUGCCACACACACACUCACCUGACCACAGUGUCGAUCAUCCCAGUUUGGAGGCGUGGCUUAAAACGACCAAUCAGCAGAUAGCAGCACUACACUUUGCCCACAGGAAGCAGUGUGACGGUGUAGCAGAGGGGGCGGAGCCUGCUGUACCUGAAGGAUUCAGAGUCGACUUCUCUCCACAGAACCCGUUCUCCAGCAGCGUCAGUGAGAUGAUCACCACGUUCAGCAUGUCCACGUACAAGGUGGGACUGAAGGUGAACCCCAACGAGCAGGACACCAGAGUCCCAGUGCUGAGCUGGUCCACCUGCGCCUACACCAUCCAGAGUAUAGAGCGCCUCCUGAUGGACGACGAGAAGCCAUUGUUUGGAAGUUUACCUUGCAGACAGGACGACUGUCUGAGCUCUCUGACCAGGUUCAGUUCUUCCUGUUGGACUGCUGCGCCACUGACGACUGUUCAAACACACUUCAUCAGGCUGCUUGCAGCCCUGGUUCCAGACUCUCAGGUUGAAGACACCGUCUGUAUCCUCGACAUCGACAUGUUUCACCUGCUGGUUUACAGUGUGUUGUCGUACAACUCAGUUAACAGUCUGGACCAAUCAGGACAGAGAGUGGUAGACUCCGCCCACCUCCACCUGCUUCACCUAGUCACUGUGGCUCACCUGGUUCAGAUCCUGCUCACCUCCACCACAGAGGAGGUCUGUAUGGAUCAGGACAGUGGGGGAUCAGAGGAGGAGCUCACCUGUCAUUUGUAUGACACACUGAGGACACACCUGGGCAGUGUGUUACCUGAGGUGACAUCAGGCUGGCAGCUGGUUCGUUGUGUUAAAUCUGGCAUCCUGCCGUUCCUCCGAGCUGCCGCCCUCUUCUUCCACUACUUGAACUCUACAGCACCCCCUGCUGACCUGCUGGUUACAGGUCCUGGUCAGUGGGAGGCGCUGCUCAGCUACCUCAGUCUGCCCUCCAACCUGCUGCAGCUUUACCACAGUCAACACACACUGCUGGAGCCGCUCAUACACAGGUGGUGCUGUCAUCCAGGUGUGAGACAGACGCUGCAGGGGGGCGGAGUCAUCGUCAGGUUCCCCAGAGAGUCCAACCGACUGAUCGACCUGCCAGAGGACUACAGCGUCCUGAUAAACCAGGCGUCCAGCUUCACGUGUCCCCGGUCAGGUGGAGAUAAGUCUCAGGCCCCCACCCUGUGUCUGGUGUGCGGCUCCAUGUUGUGUUCUCAGAGUUACUGCUGUCAGACGGAGGUGGAGGGCGAGGAUGUCGGAGCCUGCACCGCCCACACCUUCACCUGUGGAGCAGGCCUCGGGCUCUUCCUCAGGGUCAGGGAGAGUCAGGUGUUGUUUGUGGCAGGUAAAACUAAGGGCUGCUUUUAUCCUCCGCCGUACCUGGACGACUACGGAGAGACCGACCAGGGCCUUAAACGGGGGAACCCCCUCCACCUGUGUCUGGAGCGUUACAGGAAGAUCGAGCGUCUGUGGCGUCAGCACGGCGUCGCUGAGGUCAUCGGUCACGCUCAGGAGGCCAAUCAGACGCUGGUCGCCAUUGACUGGCAGCACCUGUGAUGUUCGAUUGGCUCGCUCCUUUUUUGUUUUUGCCCUGCCCCUUUUUUCAAUAAAGAUCCUUCCUCUCGACCAAUCAGCUUCCUGCAGCCCAGCACUGAGCUCCAAUCAGCUUUCAGGGAUUUUUUCAGCUCCUGACCUUUGACCUUUGACCCUGUCCAUAUUUCACUCCACCAGUCAGAGAGAGGCAGUGAGACAGACUCCGCCCCCUCUGCUCACACACAGGAAGAUGUUUUCAGAUUUUAUUCAGUUUAGGUUUUGGAGAUUUUCUGUUUUUUCUUUCCUUUUCUUUUUUGACAGGAAGUUGAACCAAAAUGAAGCCCAGCCCCCUUGCUGAUGUCACUGACAGGUGAUCCUGUUACAUGAUGGGAAAAACUGGGGUGUAUGUCACCAACAACCAGCCAAUCACAAAGCUGCAGCCAAGGCUGAUGGGUAGUGUAGUGUUCAGAGACUCUUUUCUUUGGUCCUCAGUUGGUUUCCAUGGCAAAAGAUGUUGACGACAUCACAGUGGGAGUAGUGAUAGGUGUAAAAACAUAUCAGCUGCGUAUCGACGAGGAAUAGACGUCACGUCAUGUUUUAGUUUUGUUGUUUUAUUGUUUUUAUUUACAGGGCUUUGUGGUUGGUGGGUUUGUUCUGGAGGAGCGGUGUGUGAUGUCACUUCCUGUUAGGAUGAGUUGUUUUUUAUGAGUUUGUCCAGAGUCAAGCAGCGAACAGAAACAUCUCCUUCAUUUAUUUAUUUAUUUAUUAGUUUAUCUGAAUCUGAUUUUCUUUUUUUUUUUUUCUUUUUUUUUUUUGGGUAUAAACAAACGAACGUGUCGGCAGCAUGUCGCCGCCAUCGUGAUUGCCGCUGUGUUAAUAUGUGAAUUCUUGUAUAAACUAUACAUGUAUGAUAUUGUAUAUGAACUACAAAACCAAUAAAAACUUUAAAAGCA